AAGCCUACAUUCAUUUUUUUUUUCAUGAAACAAUGAGAAAGGAAAAUAGUCGAUGUGAGAUUUUUGUCAUUUUAUGAUGAAAAACACCACUGAACUGUGAUUUGGGGAGAAAGCUGAUUUCAAGGGUCCAUAUGGAAUAUAAACAAUUUCUAGAAAGAGCCCUGACCCCUUCACAGCACCAUGAGGCUCCUGCUGCUGCUGUCGGCCAUCGGGCUGUGCUGGGCUCAGUACGACCCACACACACAGUAUGGCCGCACCUCCAUCGUGCACCUGUUCGAGUGGCGCUGGGCGGACAUCGCCCUGGAGUGCGAGCGCUACUUAGCUCCGAGGGGCUUCGGGGGCGUGCAGGUUUCUCCACCCAAUGAAAACAUUGUCGUCACCAACCCUUUCAGACCCUGGUGGGAGAGAUAUCAGCCGAUUAGCUACAAAAUCUGCUCAAGAUCUGGAAAUGAAGAUGAGUUCAGGAACAUGGUGACUAGGUGCAACAAUGUUGGGGUGCGAAUUUACGUGGACGCUGUGAUUAACCACAUGUGCGGCGUAGGCAACGGGGCCGGGACCAGCAGCACGUGCGGCAGCUACUACAACGCGCCAAACAGGGAGUUCCCGGCGGUCCCCUACUCUGGCUGGGACUUCAACGACGGCAAAUGUAAGACCGGAAGCGGAGGCAUCGAGAGCUACAGUGAUGCUGAGCAGGUCAGGGACUGCCGCCUCUCCGGCCUUCUGGAUCUCGCCCUGGGGAAGGACUACGUGCGCACCAAGAUUGCUGACUACAUGAACAGCCUCAUCGACAUGGGGGUGGCGGGGUUCAGGCUGGACGCUUCGAAGCACAUGUGGCCCGGGGACAUCAAGGCGAUUCUGGACAAGCUGCACGAUCUGAACACCAGCUGGUUCUCGGCGGGAAGCCGGCCUUUCAUCUUCCAGGAGGUGAUUGAUCUGGGUGGGGAAGCAAUUAAAAGCAGCGAGUACUUUGGAAAUGGCCGUGUGACCGAGUUCAAGUACGGCGCUAAGCUGGGCACCGUGAUGCGCAGGUGGAACGGAGAGAAGAUGGCCUACUUAAAGAACUGGGGAGAGGGCUGGGGCUUCAUGCCUUCAGACAGAGCCCUUGUCUUCGUGGACAACCACGACAACCAGCGAGGUCACGGAGCUGGAGGGGCGUCGAUCCUCACCUUCUGGGAUGCUCGGCUGUAUAAAAUGGCUGUGGGAUUCAUGCUGGCUCAUCCUUAUGGAUUUACACGAGUGAUGUCAAGCUACCAAUGGCAAAGGUAUUUUGAGAAUGGAAAAGACGUGAAUGACUGGAUUGGGCCACCAAAUGAUAAUGGUGCAACUAAGGAAGUGACCAUCAACCCAGACACCACCUGCGGCAAUGGCUGGGUCUGUGAGCACCGCUGGCGCCAGAUCAGGAACAUGGUUGCUUUCCGAAAUGUAGCCAAUGGCCAGCCUUUUGCAAACUGGUGGGACAACGGCAGCAACCAGGUGGCCUUUGGAAGAGGAAACAAAGCGUUCAUCGUCUUUAACAAUGAUGACUGGUCUCUGUCCACCACCUUGCAGACUGGCCUCCCUGCUGGCACAUACUGCGACGUCAUUUCUGGGGAUAAAGUUGACGGCUACUGCACAGGAAUCAAAGUCUACGUUGGUGGUGACGGCAAGGCUCAGUUUUCUAUCAGUAACUCGGCCGAAGACCCCUUCAUUGCCAUCCAUGUUGACGCAAAGAUAUAAAAUUCAAAUUAAAUGCACGUAGAGAAAGCAGAAACACGCGUGUUUCUUUU